AUGAACGUUCGAAGACUUUUAUUUCUCACAGCCUUCAUUGUCAUUCUCAUUCUCCCUUCAUUAAAAACUGAAAAUCAAAAUGGAACCCCUCAAUAUUUAUUAGAACUUGAAGAAUUCACUCGAGAAUUAAUUUCAGCAUGCACUCAACAACUCAAUAGAGACUUCAAAAAAAAGUUCAGUGAACAAUUCCCUCAAAACUUGAUUAAAAAACUCAUUAAAAAUUUGAUUAAUGAAAGCUUUAACGGAUUGACUAAAAAAAUCCCUGAACAAUGCGCUAAAAAAUUCGCUGAAAAAUUCGCUGAAAACCCCUUUCAAUUAGAAAAAAUUUUAGUUGAAGACAUCACUGAAACAUGCCAAAAAAUGUUAUCUAACAAAAUAGUACCUCAAUUGAUUAAAACAUACUCAAAAGUCUUCACUUCAAACCUUAAAGGCUCUUUGACGCAAAUUGAACUGGUUUCGAACCAAUUUGAAUCAUUUUUCAGUUUUAAAAUUCCUCCAAAUGGUCCAACUGGUUCAAGUGAUGAAAAUGAUCCAAAUCAUUAA